AUAAAUAAGAUUUUAUGCCUUGGAGAAAGUGGGUAUAGAGGACUCUCCCACUCCAUGCUACUGAGUUGGAAUUGCUUUCAAACUUUCCAGCUUUCACUGCCGAGUGGACUUGUCUUGUAGAAGUCAGAGUAAACGCUAAGAGAACAUUCCCCCUAAGAGUUAGCACAAGGUAGGAGGGUGAGAGAAAAGGCUCUCAGAUUCCUGGCAAGCAUAUGACACGGUCCCCAGAUUGGCAGAAAAUCCAAAGCUUCCUGCCUGGACCAUUUGAUCCACUUCUGACACAAGGAGAUCCUGCCGUCUAACUGAAAGCAGUUUAUUAGGUAAAUUAGGACACUCUCUUUGGCUAAGCGAUUUCUUCACCUCCUUCGAGAAGUCACAGCAAGAGAUCUACUGUAUCCAAAGGUGCUUGGUGGUUCUGCAAUGCAUUGCAAUCCAAGUCCUACUACUGAAAUCUUUCUCGUUCGCUCUAGCAGCCUUAAGUUAACUAGUCUCAUUUCCCCUUCUUCCACACAGCUCUCUUUAUGAAGAAGGAGUUUAUCUUUUUUUGGAUUAGAAAGGAGUCGAUAAGGACCUUUUUCUUUUUUUACUUUCCUGUGUGAUUUCUUCUUGGGAACUUGCAGACACGAUGACUUUCGCUGAAUUCCUGCAGCAAGUUGGCGGCAUGGGCCGCUUCCAGUUUAUCCACACUACGUUACUCGCUAUUCCUGUCCUUCUGAUGGCCAGCCACAACCUUCUCCAGAACUUCACAGCUGCCAUCCCAGGACAUCACUGCCGGGUCCACAUAAGUGCCAAUGGCAGUGGGCAUCCAAAUACCACUCGUUCGCUAGAAGCUAGCGAGCUUCUCAGGAUUGGCAUCCCCCUGGACAGCAACCAGCAACUGGAAAGAUGUCAGCGCUUUGUGGACACCCAGUGGCAUCUUCUCAACCCCAACAGUACGGAAGCAAACAAGACCAAGAUGACUACUGAGCCUUGUGCUGAUGGAUGGGUAUAUGACAGGACCCUGUAUUCUUCCACAAUCAUCAUUGAGUGGGAUCUGGUCUGUGAUUUGCGGAAGCUUCGGGAGAUGGCCCAGUCAAUCUACAUGGCCGGUGUGCUGGUUGGAGCGCUGGUUCUUGGCGGACUGUCUGACAGGUUUGGCCGUAAGGCUCUCCUCAUUUGGUCCUUCCUGCAAAUGGCGGUCAUGGGGACCUGUGCGGCCUUCUCGCCCAAUUUUGUUUUCUACUGCGUCUUCCGGUUCCUGAGCGGCAUGGCCCUCUCCGGUUUCGGCCUCAGCAUCGCCUGCUUGAUUGUAGAGUGGAUUCCCACGCAGUACCGGACUAUCACCAUAGCAUGCACUGGCUUUGGGUAUACACUGGGUCAGAUCCUCCUGGCUGGCUUGGCCUACGGAAUCCCAGACUGGCGUAUGCUACAGCUAACUGUGUCAGUGCCCUUCUUCUUCUUCCUCUUUUACUCAUGGUGGUUUGCAGAGUCGGCUCGCUGGCUACUUUUGGCGGGAAAAUCUGGCACAGCUGUCAAAGUCCUCCAGAGGGUUGCCCGGGUCAAUGGAAAGCAGCAGGCUGGAGCUGAGAUCACCCCUGAGGUGCUGCUUACCAACAUGGAGAAGGAACUGUCUUCCACUAAGUCCUCAUAUACCUUAUCUGACCUGGUGCGCACGCCAGCCAUCCGACGCAUUAGCUGCUGCCUCUGCUUGGUAUGGUUCUCCGUCAGUUUCUCCUACUAUGGCUUGGCCAUGGACCUCCAGAAUUUUGGUGUUAACAUUUAUCUCAUCCAAGUGAUCUUUGGAGCUGUUGACUUCCCAGCCAAGGUGAUUGUGACCCUCACGAUGAGCUACCUUGGGCGAAGGGUCAGCCUCAUGGCCUUCCUCAUCUUGGCUGGCCUCGUCAUCAUUGCUAACAUCUUCGUGCCCACAGAGUUGCAGACACUUCGGACAUCACUGGCAGUCAUUGGGAAGGGGGGACUUGCAGCAGCCUUCAAUUGUGUCUUCCUCUUCACAACAGAACUCUACCCCACACCCAUCAGGCAGACUGGACUAGGUUUUGGUAGCACCAUGGCCAGGGUGGGAGGCAUUGUUGCCCCGCUGGCUAAGAUGAUGGAGGACUACUUUUCCUUACUGCCGCCAAUUGUGUAUGGAGCAGCUCCCAUCAUUUCUGGCAUCGUUGCUAGCUUUCUGCCGGAGACGCUGAAUGUCCCACUACCGGAUACCAUUGAGGAAGUGGAGAGCAGAUCCAGGAAGAAGAAGAGGGAAACAGCUACUCAUGAGAAGAUCCUGCUGCAGAGCCAGGAGAAGCCCCUGUUCAAAGAGGCCUGCUGACCAGCUCAGGGAUCCCGGCUGAGCCUGGAAACCAAGUCCUUUAAAAUAUUUUACUGUCUGCUCUUUCAUACUCACCCAAAGAAUUCCUUGCAAAGGAGAAAUGCCGUGAAGGCUGGAGAAGACAGUGCAAAACCUCCGUAUAUUCUGAACUUUUUGUUUUAAAAAGAGAGCACUUUGUUACUUGUGUUUUUUC